AUGGAGGAAGAAAUAAAUAAGAAAGUUGAAGAAACUAUCAAAUCAUUGCUUGCAUCAUGUCGAUUGUUUCCUAAACCUGUUCUCAAUAUGCUUGCGGAUUUUCAUUCAAAUCCUCAAACAAAAAAAGCGAUACAUCAUCGUUACCUUGGCAAUCAAGCUUUAACAAAUGGCAACUACAAAACAGCAUUUAAUGAAUAUUCAAGUGGAAUUAUAAAUAAUCCUGAUGAUCCGGCUCUGUGGUGUAAUCGGUCCCUAGCAUUUCUCAAACUCGGACAUCCAGAACUUUCUGUCAUUGACUCUAGACGCGCAAUUGCAAUGAUUAAUAAAUUUAUUGCUGAUUACCUAAAUAAUAAGCCUGGACUUAGAAUGCCGCUUCUUGCCUAUGGUAAAAAUGAAGAUUUAACACCAGAAAAAAAAUUGACACAGCUUCAAGUUAAAGCCAUGUUUCGCGAAAUUCAGGCAUUUGCGGAUCUGGAACUUUUACCAAAUGCAAUCUAUUCCUGCGAGCAGUUGCUACAAGAUAAAGAUAUUUAUAAAGAUGUCCCUUUUAAUUGGAUUGAUGUACAAAAAUUACUCGUGGAAUGUAAAAAGAAAUUGGAGGAUGGAUGUAAGAAAUAUGGUCCGACGUAUAAAGAUUUCGUUAAAAAUGGUGCGAACUGUACGUUCCGUGGAUCGUAUUGGUGGGAUUCAAGACAAGAGAAUAGAAUGUCAGAAGAGAUAUUUCAAAUUUUAACACAGAAAGUUUCAGAAAUUUCUUCUUCAAAGAUCGAAGUGGCCAAAGUUACUUUUGAAGAGUCGGGAGAUGAAUAUCAGUAUGGCCUAAAAGCGACAUCCGAUAUCUCGGCAAACACAUUGAUAUAUGAAGAAAAACCGUUCCUUUGUGUUAAUUCUAAAAUUAAGAAACGAUGCGAUUAUUGCAAUCAAGAAAUCUCGAAAAAAUUCAGAUAUUUGUGUCCAAGAGUAGAUUGUAAGGAGAUAUAUUGUAAUAUUAGAUGCUAUCAACAGGCAUAUGAUCUGUAUCAUAAAGUCAUGUGCGGAAAAGAUUUCAGCGAAAUUUACAAUGUUGUAAGAACCGGAAUAUCAACCUCCUCGCUAAUUAUCCUCUUCCUAAUCAAACUCUUUGCAAUCGGUAAAAUUCGCGAUACCUGUCCAUUAGACCUCGAAGAGAUCAAACAUUUACGACGUUGGAUGGCCGCGCAACUGCACUUGCCUUCGGCGUCUUUUGAUUUUUAUCAAAUAGUAAUAAAAAAUCUAGAGAUUCCGAUUGGUGAUCUUCGCUUUGACUUCUGGGUUUUUAUUUCCUGCAUGUGUUUCUUAUGCAACAACAUGUUUGGUGAACAAGAUGAAAAUUCUCAUCCUGACUUCGGGUCAUUGCAACCUUUGACAAGUCUCAUCAAUCAUAAUUGUGAACCAAACGCUGAAUUGGAUCUUAAAGAGGAGUUAAAAGCAAGACGAAAAAUCGUAAGAGGAGAACAAAUUACCAUUUCUUAUCUCGAUUGGCCGGGUUUGACUAAUGAAGAACGUAGCCAAAGGUUGUUUGUGACAUAUGGCAUUAAAUGCAACUGCAGAAAAUGUUUUCCUUAUUCUAAAUCAUAUUAA